GGAGGGGUUGAGCUAACCUGGGCCUCUCUGAGCUGUUUCCUGGCCUCCCCUGCUGGACAACCGCAGCACCGCAGCCCUUCCCCCGAAGGCCACGCCCCUCGCCCUUAGUGUUACCGCGUUGAGGCCCAGGCCUGUUGCCUGGAGCAAGAAUUGUAGCCUCCCAGCGAAGCUGCACCCAAGGCUGGAGGAGCAUUCAGGGCUAGUCAGGGAUUAUCACCAGAAUAACAUGCAAAGGACACCCCGCCCUACCGCGGAUUAGACGCUGUUGAUUUUUAAGGGCAAGACCGCUGCUCUUGGCAUGGAAGCCAAGGGCGGCAUAGUGGAGGCAUGGAGCCUGCCCCAAGCAGAAGGCCAGAGGAAUCUGUACUUUGUGGGUUUUGGGCCUGAAGACAGUGACAGCACUGGAGCUACCAGCAGCCCUUCAUGAGGGUCACGGCUGAGGGGAGUCCAGAGGAGAAAAGACAGUACUUAGGGUGGAGCAGGUUUUCCAACGUACAUCCCAAGCCACUCCCUGUCCCGGAGCACAGCCACUUCAAUCCCCGGGGGAACCAGCUUCUCAACAUGAACCAUUAUGCCACCAAGAAGAGUGUGGCAGAGAGCAUGCUGGAUGUGGCACUCUUUAUGUCCAACGCCACGAGGCUGAAAGUGGUGCUGGAGCAGGGCCAGUCCUCACAGUACUACACCACCCUCAUCGCCCUCAUCAGUCUCUCUCUGCUCCUGCAAAUAGUCAUUGGCAUUCUUCUUGUGGUCACUGCCAGGCUGAACCUGAAUGAACUAGAAAACCAGCGGCGUCUAAACCAGCUCAACAAUGCUGCCACCACCUUGGUCUUCAUUACUGUGGUCAUCAACAUUUUUAUCACUGCUUUUGGGGCACACAAGACAGGGUGAAUGGCUGCCAGGACCUCCAGCAAUCCUGUUUGUCCCUACCUAGGUCCCAGGAACUGGGUCUGGAACUGCUUCAGCCUUUGUCCCUGACCCGUCAGGCUAACUAGCACGUUCCACGGCCUCCAGGAGAGCUUCAAGGGCAACAAAAAUGCCCCCGCUUCCUGCCUGCAGCACCUGAGUUAAGUUUUACUGGGUGAUGUCAUCGCAUCUGGGUCUGGAGGCCUGAGCUUAGCCUCUGCAACAGCCACCCUUCCCUCCAGCAACAGUAACUGACUCUGCUAACUAAGUAAGGCAGUCUACAUGGCCUGCAGACUCUGGUUCUACUGCAUUCCUUCCCUCUGCUCCAAGCCUCAACUAUGCCUUCCUGCAAAAUGGGAAUCUAUCUAUAAAACUAUCUGAAAAUUCA